AAUGGGUUUAUCAUAGUCCACUCCACCAUUGUUUCCCUGAACCCAUUUUCCUCGAUUUCACUUCUCAACAACACCAGAGCAAUCUCCCUCUUACCUCCGUCGUCGCUUGGUUUCCGUCUCCGGUACUCCGAUCAUGGCCGGAGCUAGCCGGAGGGGCGGACGCGGCCGCAUCAAAUCCCCGUCCACCGCCGAAGAUGACGGCGAUUCGCUUCGUCGGCCCGCGAGUAUUCGCCCAGGCAAAGGCAAGGAUCUGACGUCGAUCCGGGUUUUCAAGGCGAAUCUCAGGAUACUAAUCGGUUUAUGCAUACUGGGAAUUCUCGGCAUCUACUCCGUCAGUCGUGUUGUUAACAUCGGGUUUGAUGGUGAAUCCCAGACGCCUAGGGUUAUCACGCCUUUUCCUGCUCCCAAACUCAUGGACUUGCCCAUGUUCCAAGGAGAGCACAAGGAGAGCUUGUAUUGGGGGACUUAUCGUCCUCAUGUUUAUUUUGGAGUUCGAGCCAGAACUCCUCAGUCCCUGGUUGGUGGCUUGAUGUGGAUUGGCGUCAAGGAUGGGAUGUAUGUUAUGCGGCAUUUCUGUGAAAACUCUGAUGACUUAAGUUCAUAUGGCUGGAGAGAACAUAAUGGACGUGAUUUUGGGCGGCAAGAGCUGGUUGAACAAGAUAUGAUCUUGGAAACAAGUUUCUUGAAGUCGAAGAGGGACAGCCUCGGCUAUGGAGGAGAUUGGGCUGUUCGAAUUGAUGUGAAGAACAAUAGGUCGAAUGAUGAAGCAAAGAAAAGCGCACACCUCUUUUUUUAUUUGGCUGAUGAAGCUGGCAAUGCUCUAAAUCUAGGCCAAAAUACACAGAACUCUCAAGAGAGUUAUCUUUUAGCUUCAGGUUCACGUUCAGAUGUAGGAGACUGGCAGAUACACUUAAAAUCACAGAAUCAUAUGGAAACACAUUAUUCUGGUUUCAGGACACCUCACAUUCACAAUUUGUCUGAUCUUGUUCAGCAAAAUCUCGGCGUACAGGCAAAGAAGCUUGGAAGACUUCAGCUCUCUGACACAACAGAGGAGGCUUCCAACAUUUAUGUUUUUCAGUUUUCUGCUAUGCUCCCAUUCACGAUAGAUAUUGCUUUUAUCUCUGGGAUCGGAGGAGAAAGCUCAAGUGUGGAAAAGCGUAUAACGAGUCUCACAGGUUCAGCACUCAGUACUGAACUUGAGGAGAAACACAGAGAAUUCGAUGCAAAGUUCAAGGAGCGCUUUGACCUUUCUGAAAAGCUGGAUGACAAGUCCUUACUUGUUGGUAAAACUGCAAUUGGGAAUAUGCUCGGUGGGAUUGGUUACUUCUAUGGCCAAUCAAAAAUUGCUGUCCCUAAAAGUACUCAGUACAAAAGUCCUGAUAAUUUCCUGCUAUAUUGGCCAGCCGAGUUAUAUACAGCCGUUCCAAGCCGACCUUUCUUCCCCAGGGGAUUUUUGUGGGAUGAAGGUUUCCAUCAACUGUUGAUCUGGCGGUGGGAUUGGCGUAUAACCUUGGAUAUUAUAGGACAUUGGUUAGAUCUAUUAAAUAUGGAUGGAUGGAUUCCACGUGAACAAAUUUUGGGUGCUGAAGCUCUAAGUAAGGUUCCAGAGGAAUUCGUCCUCCAGCAUCCAAGUAACGGCAAUCCACCAACCCUAUUUUUGGUGAUACGUGAUCUCUUAGAUGGUAUAAAGACAGAGAAAUUCAAUGCCGGAGAAAGAGAUGAAAUUUUGACGUUCCUUGAUCGUGCUUCUGUUCGAUUAGAUGUGUGGUUUCAAUGGUUUAAUACUUCCCAGAUAGGGAAGGAGGUUGGUAGUUACUUUUGGCAUGGCAGAGACAGCAUGACAAUACGAGAACUAAACCCUAAGACAUUGUCAUCUGGGUUGGAUGAUUAUCCUCGUGCUUCACUCCCCAGUGAAGAUGAACGUCACGUGGACCUUAGAUGCUGGAUGCUCCUUGCUGCAGAUUGCAUGAACUCCAUCACAGAGUUGCUAGGGAAAGAAGAGAUAUCGUCAAAGGAUUACAGCACGACGGUUAAGCUACUUUCAGAUUUCAAUCUUCUGAAUCAGAUGCACUAUGAUCAUGAACACGGGGCUUACUUCGACUUUGGAAAUCACACGGAAAAAGUUCGGUUAGUUUGGAGAGAGGAAAUCAGAGAAAACGGUUACCUGACUCGAGAGCUUGUGAGGGAGACUCUCGAAACUCCGAAGCCAAGAUUCGUUCCUCAUGUCGGUUAUGUCAGCCUGUUUCCCUUCAUGUCUAGAGUCAUCCCACCUGAUUCUCCGAUCCUCGAGAAACAGCUUGAUCUCAUUUCAAACAAGAGUGUCUUAUGGACAAACUAUGGUUUACGUUCGCUCGCCAAAACUAGUUCCAUAUACAUGAAACGUAAUACCGAGCACGAUGCACCAUACUGGAGAGGACCCAUCUGGAUGAACAUGAACUACAUGAUCCUUUCUUCCCUGCACCAUUACUCUAGAGUGAAUGGGCCGUACAGUGACAAGGCAAGAGCUAUUUAUGAGGAAUUGCGAGGGAAUUUGAUAAGGAAUGUGGUUGGGAACUAUUACAAGACGGGGUACAUAUGGGAGCAUUAUGAUCAAGUAAAGGGAACUGGGAAAGGAGCUCGCCUCUUCACAGGUUGGUCCGCUCUUAUCCUCCUGAUUAUGUCCGAAUCUUACCCUAUUCUUUAGAACCACCCUCCCCUCUUUUCCAUCUGCCUUUGUAUCAGAUGAACACAAAACCAAGAAUGAUAUAAGCUUAGCUACUAGGGUGGGUUCAUGUGAAAGAGUUAGAGAGGAACGAACGAUUAAGGGUUUAGGGAAAUGGCAGAUUCUUUACGUCUGUCACUCGGCCGCCAUUUCUGUAUCUCCAUAUCAUAUCCUUGAUAUGACACUCUGUUUAUGAAAGGAAAAAAUAUAUCCAAAU